ACGGGAGCGGCGCCGGGCAGGAUGUGUGACCGGAACGGUGGCCGGCGGCUCCGGCAGUGGCUGAUCGAGCAGAUCGACAGCGAGAUGUACCCCGGGCUCAUCUGGGAGAACGAGGAGAAAUCCAUGUUCCGCAUCCCCUGGAAGCACGCUGGGAAGCAGGACUACAACCAGGAGGUGGAUGCUUCUAUUUUCAAGGCCUGGGCUGUCUUCAAAGGCAAGUUCAAAGAAGGCGACAAAGCUGAGCCGGCCACGUGGAAGACGCGGCUGCGCUGCGCUUUGAACAAGAGCCCUGACUUUGAGGAGGUGACAGACAGGUCCCAGCUGGACAUCUCUGAGCCCUACAAGGUCUACAGGAUCGUGCCAGAGGAGGAGCAGAAAUGCAAAGCAGGUGUUGGCAAUGGGAGCAACCUGAAUGAUGUCACGGAGAUGGACUGCAGCUCCUCUGCAAUCGAUGACCUCAUCAAAGAGCCCCCCUGUGUGGAUGAAUACCUGGGGAUCAUCAAGAGGAGCCCCUCACCCCCCCAGGAGACCUGCAGAAACCCCCCAAUACCCGACUGGUGGGUGCAGCAGCCCAACCCUGCGUUGCCCCUGAUGAACGGAUACUCUGGCUAUGAGCAGUAUCAUUCAGGUUACUCCCAGAUGGUGAUCAGCUUCUACUACAGCGGGAAGCUGGUGGGCCACGUCAGCACCUCAUGCUCUGAGGGCUGCAGGAUCGCUCUGGGCCAGCCCUCUGGCCACGGGGAGAAGCUCUAUGCCCCGGAUGCCCUGGAGCACGUCCGGUUCCCCUCGGCUGACGCCAUCCCGAACGACCGCCAGAAGCAGAUCACCAGGAAGCUCUUUGGACACCUGGAGAGGGGUGUCCUGCUGCACAGCAACAAGCAGGGCAUCUUCAUCAAGAGGCUGUGCCAGGGCAGGGUCUUCUGGAGCGGGAACGCCAUGGUCUACAAAGACAGGCCCAACAAACUGGAGCGGGAUGAGGUGGUGAAGAUAUUUGACACCAGCUUGUUCUUCAGAGAGCUGCAGCAGUACUACAACAACCAGGGCCGCUUCCCAGACAGCAGAGUCAUGCUGUGCUUUGGAGAGGAGUUCCCAGACACUGUGCCACCGAGGUGUAAGCUCAUCCUUGUCCAGGUGGAGCAGUUGUAUGUCAAGCAGGUGGUGGAGGAGGCUGGGAAGACCUGCAGCAGCAACCCCAUGCUCCCCAUGGCUGAUGAGCCCCAGCAUGACCAGGUGUACAGGAUCUUCCAGGACAUCUGCACGACACACCAGCGGCCGCUCUUCCGAGAAAACCAACAGAUUGCUGUCUGAGCCCCCUCCUCUGCACUCAGAGUGUGGUGGUUUGGGUUGAUCUAGACCCAAACUAGUCCCAUGAGUGCCUAAAAUCCCUUUUAAGAAAAGUUGGGUUUUGUUCUUUGCUGUUUCCAGUCCAGAGUCAGUAUAAAUCCAGUAGUAAAAAUUGCCAUGAGCAAGUA